AUGAGGCGGCGGGAGACUAGAGAAAGGCCAGGCCGCUUUUCUCAGUUCUCCGACUUCCCGCGGACUGCUCGCAUCCUCGAUCGCAGUCCCCUACCCUGGGCCGAAACACACUGGGUGGGGAUGGCCCCCGCGACAAUCCGAGGGAGAAAGAAGGAGUGCGGCAGUCACCGACACCUACCUGUGCCCCAGCUCCAGGAAGGCCGCGCCGGCCACUCGACCACGCUCCGGAGCAUUAGCCCCCGGAGCAAAACAAGCCUUUAUAGCGGCAUUGGCCGCCAGACUGCGCAGGCAAACAUUCCCCACACCCCAGCCCUGGCACUCUUCUCAAAGUUCCUUCUCUCUACAGGGAGAGGAGAUACAUUCACCAUCAAUUGCUCAGGCUUUGACCAGCAUGGGGUGGAUCCUGCUGCCUUCCAAGCAGCAUUUGCCAGAAGGGCCUUCCGUCCAGCCACCAAUGUCAGCAUCCCCAUUCGUGUUAACAUCUCCUUCACUCUGUCUGCCAUCCUGGAAGUAGAUGCACAGCUUCAGUUGAGGACAUCAUUUCUGUGGCUAAAUAUGAUCUGGUACAAUCCAUUCAUCACCUGGAACCCAGAGGAAUGCGGGGGCAUCAGGAAGCUGGGCAUGGCAACUAAGAACCUGUGGCUUCCAGAUAUCUUCAUUGAGGAGCUCAUGGAUACAGAUCAGACUCCGCCAGUUAACAUGGCUAACGUCAACAGUAAUGGUCACAUCAAAUACAGUAAGCCAAUGCGGGUAACCAGCAUCUGCAACCUGGACAUCUUCUAUUUCCCCUUUGAUGAACAGAAUUGCACCCUCACCUUCAGCUCUUUCAUCUACACAGUGGAAAAGAUGGUCCUGGGCAUGGAGCAGGAUGUGCAGGAGAUUUUGGAAACAACACAGAACAUCGUUUGGAGCAAGGGGGAGUGGGAAAUCCUCCCAGCCUUCUCCUCAAUUGCCUCCCUCUCUCCUCCCUACCAGGUGGCCAUCAGGUGCAGGCCCACCCUCUAUGUCAUAAACCUCCUGGUGCACAGCAGCUUUCUGUUCACCAUCGAAGCCCUCAGCUUCUACCUGCCAGUAGAAAGUGAGAACCAUGCCUCAUUCAAGAUGACACUCUUGCUGGGCUACAACGUCUUCCUGCUCAUGAUGAAUGACUUACUCCCCUCCAGUAGCACCUCCUUCAUCAGUGUCUAUUUUGCUCUGUGUCUGUCCCUGAUGGUGCUCAGCCUGCUGGAGACCAUCUUCAUCUCCUACCUGCUGCACCUGGCCACCACCCAGCCCCCACCCAUGCCUCGUUGGCUCCACUCCCUGCUUCUACACUGCACCAGCCCAAGGACAUGCUGCCCUGCUGUGCCCCAGAAGGGAAACACAGGCCUUGCCCACCUGCCUGGUGUGAAGGAGCCCAUGGAGUUGGUGGGGAAGGUGCCACAUCCCAGAGAGACAGAGCUAAAUGGGUGCCCUGGCUCAGUGAGGAACCAGCAGGAAGACGAGGCUCAGAAGCUGCACUUGGUCCGUCUGUGGGUGCGAUUAAGCCACAUGAUGGACACCCCUUUCUGUCUCUACCUGCUCUUCAUGGCCACCUCCGUUGUCACAGUCAUCAUCCUCUGGAACACCUCGGCAGAUACCUACCUGCGAGUUCCAGGCCAGAGCUUCUCUCGCCCCCUGAAACCAGCCAGGCUCUCAUCCCUGCCCAAAUCCCACCUUACAGCUCUGGCAACAACCUUGUUUUCAUCCCAGUUCCUCUACAGUUUCAGACCAUAUCUGGAUGGUUUCCUAAGCCCUUCCAAGUCAAGUCCUUGCUCUGGCAUGCCAUCAGCUACCCUCAGCCCUCCGUUUGAAAACUUUGAGGUUGAGAGACUUCUUGUAGAAACUUCUCACUACCAAACCUACACAGUGGAGGAUAAUUUAGAAAAAGCCAGACUAGGAGUGACGCCACUAGGUGUGAAGCCUGGGGGCUUUGAUGGUGCUAUACAGUUUCCAGAGAGAUUCUUCACCUUGGCAUUCUAUCCUCCUCAAGGCUGGAUUGUGCUGUAUGAGGUCAUCCUCCAAAACAAGAGGCAGCUAGAGGAUGACAAAAAUGCUUUUCCAGAUCCAGGACUACAACCCAAACAGGAACCCUAA